AAACUCAGUUCAUUGCAAUCUCCACGCAGGGACGAACAAAGUGUGCAUUCUUGACUCUUGUGGACAUCUGCAUGGGGAAGCCUUAGGAAUUUCCAGUCACGUGACUAAAGUUCAACGGAAGUAGGUCAAACUCAAAAAUGUAGAAAACUACAAUUUGAUACUUUUUGUUCGUUUUUGUUGAUUUUGGGAUGAAAUUGGACUAUAAAAUAGUUACUAGUAAUGGGGGGCAAUGUAUAUAGGAUAAUCUUACCAUUGGGGAUUUUAUUUCUGACUGUCCUGGUAUCUCCAAUCACAAGUCAAGGAACGGAAGGCUACUUUAAUGUUACUUCUGUAGCAGAACUACCUAAUAUACUAGAUAUAAAGUCAAAUUUUUUGCUCAGUUUUCGAACAUGCUCAUAUAGAGGAUGGCUACUACAUCAGAAAGGAAACAAUGGAGAUUUUAUACAAGUCAGGUUCCUAAAUGGAACGAUUAUUGUUCAGUGGAAUGCAACGAAUAUAGAAGACACAAUCACACUUGGAUCGGGAUUAGCUGAUAAUCAGUGGUACACAUUUGAAAGUAAAUUUGAUCUAGGUGUUUUAAUUAUGUCAGUUGAAAAAUCUGGUGAAGUUCAAUAUAUAGCGGAAGUGUCAAAUAGUACAUAUCGUAGAUAUCUCUGGGAUUUGGAUUUAUCGAGUGGUACCAGGUUGCGUGUUGGGGAAUGGUUCAGUGGAUGUAUUCAGGAAGGAAUAAAUGUGCGACUGAGUGAAGCUGUGUCAUCGGAGAACGUUCUUUGGAACCAAUGCCCACCACAACAAGGAUGUGGUGAUGAAGACAUCGAUGACUGCUGGAACUCACCGUGCCAGAAUGAUGGCACGUGUAAAGAUGGUUUCCGUAGCUAUACCUGUUUCUGCAAGAUUCCCUACACUGGAGUAAAUUGUGAGACAGAUCUAGGUGUCCACAAAUGUGCCUCUAAACCAUGUAGAAACAAUGCCACGUGUUUUAAUGAGAGUGUUGGCACCAGACCCUAUAGGUGUGACUGUAUGCCAGGUUUUGCCGGUACCCAUUGUGAAACAAACUUGAAUGAAUGUGGGCAGAUCCCAUGCAUCCAUGGGCAGUGUAUAGAUGGCAUUAAUAGUUACACUUGUAACUGUACGGGCACAGGGUAUGAGGGUAUUAACUGCAGCACAGAUAUUGAUGAAUGCAGGGUAGAACCAUGUAUAAAUGGGGGACUGUGUACUAAUACACCUGGUAGCUACAAAUGUGAGUGUCAGUCUGGCUAUGGAGGAGUGGACUGUAGCCAGGAAACCAAUGAGUGUCUGUCAAACCCAUGUCAACAUUCUGGAACAUGCGAGGGUUACACUGGGGGUUACAACUGCCGAUGUCUGCCAGGUUACACCGGGCAAGACUGUGAGAUAGACAUUGAUGAGUGUUCAGGUGUUGACUGUACAGAUCUUCUUAUGCAGUGUAUAGAUGGCGUUAAUAGCUUUUCUUGUCGCUGUAAGCCUGGAUAUUAUGAUCCAAACAAUAGCACAGGAAAUUCCACACAAUGUUUGGAGAUUGUUGAAUGUGACAGUUCCCCAUGUCAAAAUGGAGGCACAUGUCAAGAUGGGGUCAAUGGCUACAACUGUUCCUGUAGUCCGGGUUACGAGGGUGUCAAUUGCCAAACAGAGAUCAACGAGUGUGAUUCUAACCCAUGUCAAAAUGGUGCAAGCUGCAUAGAUGAUGUAGCCAGGUAUACAUGUGACUGUCUGGAAGGGUUCAGUGGUUUAACAUGUGAAGAGGAUAUUGAUGAGUGUGCAAGUUCACCUUGUCAGAAUGGUGCAACCUGUCAAGAUAUGGUGGCAGGCUACAACUGUAGUUGUGUCAGUGGAUGGCAUGGGGAGAUGUGUCAUAUAGAGGUUGAUGAGUGUUCAUCCUCACCAUGUCAGAAUGGAGCUACAUGCACAGAUCGACUGGACCAAUAUGAAUGUUCCUGUAUACUUGGAUUUACAGGUGUUAACUGCCAGGUGAACAUUGAUGAUUGUGUAGACUCACCAUGUGACAAUGGGGGACAGUGUAUAGAUGGCGUAAACAGUUAUACAUGUAACUGUACUUAUGAUUGGAUGGGAACCAACUGCACAGAGCCGUAUGAUGCAUGUUCCUUUGAGCCCUGCCUCAAUGGAGCUACAUGCUCUAGCCCCCUACUGUCCCAUAACUACACUUGUGACUGUGUCAAUGGUUUUGAGGGGUCACGUUGUGAGACCAACAUCAAUGAUUGUGCUAUAGAUUCCUGUCCAAGUUAUGCAGUUUGUGUCGAUGGAAUUAACAGUGUAACAUGUCAAUGUCCUCCAGGUUUCACAGGGGAUGAAUGUGAGACAGAUAUUGAUGAGUGUGCGAGCGAUCCAUGUCUGAACAAUGCAGAGUGUAUAGAUGGCGUUGCAAAUUACACAUGUGACUGUAAGACAAAGCUUGUUGACUUGGAGCCCUAUACUAAUCAGUCUGACUACAAAUACAUCUCUGGCUGGAAGGGUGUUCACUGUGAAACAGAUAUUGAUGAGUGUGCUUAUGCGCCACCUAUCUGUCUAAAUGGUGGAAACUGUGAGAACUUUAAUGGGAGAUAUGGCUGCAAGUGUGGAGGAGAUGAGAUGGGAAAUUACUAUACAGGCAGAAAUUGUGAGCUAAGUACAACUUACUGUGAAACAAAGUUUGAUGAUCUGCCUGCAUGUAAGAAUGGAGGGACAUGUCAGCCACAGGAUGGGGACCUUAUAUGCAUCUGUGCUCCUGGCUUUACAGGUGAGAGAUGUGAGAUAGAUAUUGAUGAGUGUGCAUCGUCACCCUGUCAAUACGGAGGCACAUGUACAGAUCGCAUCAACGGCUAUAACUGCACUUGCAUAGAGGGCACCACUGGAUCUAACUGCGAAAUCAACAUUGAUGAAUGUCUCUCUGCUCCAUGUCUCAACUUUGGGCAGUGUGUGGAUCUGAUCAAUGGGUACACAUGUAACUGUUCGGACACAGGCUUUAAGGGUGAAAUAUGCGACAUUAACAUCGAUGAUUGUGAACCAGAACCUUGCCAGAAUAAUGCCACGUGUAAAGAUGGCAUAAAGGACUUCACAUGUAACUGCCAUCCUGGGUACAGUGGUAAAAACUGUCAACUAGACAUCAAUGAGUGUGAAUCGUCACCUUGUCUCAACAUGGCUGCCUGCGUGGAGAGAUCCAAUCAAACUGUGUAUGGUAUAGGGUACAGAGACCUGGACGUGUUUAGUUAUACCACUGCGGCGGGAUAUUGGUGUGAUUGUCCAUUAGGGUUUACAGGUGUCCAUUGUGAAACGAAUAUAGAUGAAUGUGAAUCAAACCCUUGUGUAUCUGGAGAUUGCCAGGAUCAGGUGGCGGGAUAUCAGUGCAAAUGUUGGCCUGGCUAUAGAGGGCAGCACUGUGAAAUAGAGAUUGACGAGUGUGCAGAAUUGGAUCCAUGCCAAAAUGGAGCAACCUGUCAAGAUAAAAUAGCGGAUUAUGUAUGUGUUUGUCCGGAAGAGUUUAACGGGGUUCAAUAUGGAGGAAAGAAUUGUACAGUUGAGCUGAUUGGCUGUUUGGAUAAUGGAUGUCAGAAUAACGCAACAUGUCGACCAUAUUUGGUCAAUGAAUCAAACGAGGUGCAUAACUACACAUGUGACUGCACACCUGGUUACUAUGGUUACAAUUGUGAUGUUGUAACAACAAUGUCUUUCAGUCGUGUUUCCUAUAUUACAGUAGCAGACACGGAGAACGCAGAAUCCAUGAUUAUAGCAUUGAGAUUUAGGACAACCCUAACAGAGGGUACAUUAGCAUAUAACUAUAAAAACAAUAAUCAUUUCAGUAUUUAUCUCCAUAAUGGUGCCAUUAAGUUGCAAUAUUAUUAUAAUACUCAAACAUAUCAAGUGAACACUCCUUCCAAUGUCAUUUUGACUGACUCUCUAUGGCAACAAAUAGAGGCACAUAUCAACAACGAUAAUAUAACACUAGUUGUAUCUACGCAAUCUAAUCAAGAAUACUCAACAGAGCUACCCGCUGGCUCUAAUCACAACUUUGGUGUCACAUAUAUAGGUGGCGCAAUAAAUCCCGCGAUUUCUGCGGGUAAUUUUACAGGAUGCAUGGAAGAUGUAAUUGUCAAUGGGGAUUGGUUGAUUCCCAGUGAAUUGAGCACAAGUGCGGAGAAUAUUAACGAGGGAUGCUCAAGGGUGGACCAGUGCCAAUCAGAUCCUUGUAAUAGCCAUGGUCUUUGCAAAGACCUCUGGGACAUGUUCUCCUGUGUUUGUGACCGCCCUUACACUGAUGCUACAUGUGAUAAAGCAUUCAUUGCUGCAACUUUUGGUUAUGAAAACACCAUAUCCCGAAGUGAAUUUCAAGUCCCUUCUGACCAAAAAGAGUCACUUAAAACUUACAAUGAUAUAUCAAUGCUGCUUAGGUCCCGUAAACCAGAUGGACUUGUGUACUACCUCGGAGGAUCAAGAUCUGGAAGUGACGCUGAAAAUACAUUCAUAUCACUUGAACUAGACCAAGGUGCUUUAACAACAAAUAUUAAGUUAUCAAACAGUAUUAAUAAAUUUACAUAUGGUGAGAAUCUCAAUGAUGGCUACCAACACAUGAUAAGAGUUGUUCGUAACAUAACAAAUCUACAAAUUUUCAUUGGGACUUCGAUAUUUACCGAAACUGUCGAUGUGACGUUUGAUCUGAACCCAGAGUUUUUAUUCCUUGGGAGUCUCCCAGAAAUGGAUGAGGGGAGACGAAAGCGCCAGGCAUUAAAUCCCGGCGCAACAACAACUAAUACCAAUCUGAAGGGGACUUUGCAGGAUCCUCGUCAGAAUGACCAGCUGCUGCAGUUUUAUCCGCUGACAAUAGAUGGCAAUCCUCCCUCGUAUCCUGUUCUCAAUCUGGUGAAUGUACAAGAAGGGGAAGUGUCCGAUGAUGUAUGUUCCACUGGAGAUCUGUGUGAACGUGGGGGCACCUGCCAGAACCAGUUCUUCAAUGAUUUCAAGUGCAUCUGUCCAGAGGGUUACAAGGGGAAGAAUUGCAGUGAGUUAGACUUUUGUACCAAGCUGCCUUGUCCUACAAAUGCCACAUGCAAGAACCUCCCUGAUGGGUUUGACUGUAUAACUGUAGCCACUUUUGAUGGUGAGAUGAGUCAACUGAGUUACACACAUACAAUGAAUGAUUCCAACACGCUGAACCAUGUCACACUCAAAUUCCGCACACGCCAAGAUACCUCUGGAGUAUUGUUCUACACAGAAGGAGAGGGAGAAUACGAUGGUUACUACAUGAAGCUAAUGAUAGAUGGGACAAACAAGAUGAGACUUGACUACAACCUCGGGGGAGUCAAUGAAUCCAUUGUAUACACUGAAGGUAACUUCACGGAUGGUGAAUGGCAUACAGCAGCAAUAACCCUCCAGCCAGCAAAUUUUGUUGAUCAAAUCUCAUUGGAAAUCAGUCCAUAUGCCACAAAAACAAAUACAGGCAGCUAUACAGUACCAUUGAAGAAGGUCCUAGAUGGAACAGUGACUGUUGGUUGUCUGUUUGGCACCAAUUGCUUCAAGGGCUGUAUGGAUGAGAUUCGGGUGGAAGAUGUUCUCUUGCCAUUCUAUCUUGGGCUAGAUAAUCCAAGCAGUCACAAGUUUGAGGUAUCCAGUACCUCUUACUUGGCAUUCACCUGUCUUGGAGAUCCAGUUUGUGAUACCAACGUCUGCGAGAAUAACUCCACAUGCAAGGAUAUUUGGAACGAUUAUGAAUGCACCUGCCUUGCAGGGUUCGAUGGAAAAUAUUGUGGGAAUGAUAUUGAUGAAUGCAUAGGACAUGAGUGUGAAUAUGGAGCGACCUGCGUGGAUGGUAUCGCUAACUACACAUGUGAUUGUGUCGCUGGAUACACUGGCUUUAGAUGCCAAGAGAACAUUGAUGAGUGUGCAUCAUCACCAUGCCAACACAACACAACAUGUAUAGAUGGCGUAGCCAAUUUCACGUGCAACUGUUCCGGAACAAACUACACUGGACAGUUCUGCGAGUUAGAAAUCACAGAAGGUUGCAGCAAUGACCCUUGCCUCAAUGGUGCUACUUGUAAUGAGUUCAAUGUUACCUCUGGAUCAUUCAAUGUGAUCCAGUUCAACUGCAGUUGUGCUGGAGGUUAUGAGGGUAAAUAUUGUGAAAAUAUGAUUGACUACUGCAACCUAGCUGACCCUGUGGACAGUAACCCCUGUGUCCGUGGCAACUGUAGCAAUAAUAUGACAACACUCAACUACACAUGUACUUGUGACACAGGCUUCACUGGGUUCAACUGUGAGGAGGAGAUAGAUGAGUGUGCUUCCAACCCCUGUAAGAAUGGUGCCACUUGUACUGACAAGAUUGGAGCCUUUGAGUGUGAAUGUGCACCAGGCUGGGAAGGGGUGACAUGCGAAGAAGACAUCAAUGAGUGUAAUUUCACCCAUAUAUUAAAUGGUUCAUCCCCAUGUGAGAACAAUGGGACGUGUCUCAACACACCAGGGUCUUUCCAGUGUAUGUGUAAUGGAACCGGAUACAGAGGCCCCACCUGUAAUGAACAAAUCAAUGAGUGUAGAGAAACCCCAGGGCUUUGUCAGAAUAAUGGUACAUGCUUUGACACUGAUGGCAGUUAUUUCUGCAACUGUAGUGUAGGCUACAAUGGGUCUAACUGUGAGAGGGCAGAAUGUAUAGGGCAAUGUAUUAAUGGGGCCACAUGUGAUAUUAGCACUGGACAGUGGAAGUGCCAAUGUUUGCCAUUCUUUGAAGGUCAACAGUGUGAGGUACGAGGCCCAUGCGUAGACCAACCUUGCUCUAAUGGCGCCACCUGUGACCAAAAUGGCUCCAACUACACAUGCACAUGCGCCCCAGGGUGGCGUGGGAAAAACUGCACCCAGGACAUAAACGAAUGCACUGAGCUCUCCCCUUGCCAAAACGGAACGUGUACAAACCUACCUGGGUCAUAUAAUUGCACAUGUGACCCAGGCUACACGGGUAGGGACUGUGAGACCAUGAUCAAUUAUUGCGACAGCUCCCCCUGCUUGCGUGGCCAAUGUACCCCCAUUGUCAAUGGCUAUACGUGUAAUUGCACUGGCACAGGGUACAACGGAACCAAUUGUGACAUUGAGAUCAACGAAUGUGAAGUGAAUCCAGGAAUAUGCCUGAAUGGAGGCACUUGUAGAAAUACAGCGGGUAGUUACGAAUGUGAAUGCCUCGAGACGCAUCUAGGUUCAACAUGUCAGUAUGAAAACAAAUGUUCAGUGAAUAGCACAUUCUGCUUUAAUGGAGGGACAUGUGUUCUUGAUGGAGAAUAUAAGAAUGAAACAUACGAGGGGCCACCAAGCUUUAUAUGUCGAUGCACAAAUGAAUAUAAACCCCCUAAUUGUGAACAGCCAGUAACUGGGGAGCUCACCCAGAGUAACAAUAUCCCUCUAAUAGUAGGGCUGUCAGUCGGGGCAGCGGUGCUUAUAUUUUUAAUAGUAUUAAUUGCCUUCUUUAUAAUGGCGAGAAGUAAGCGUGCUACACGAGGUGCAUACAGCCCUAGUCGGCAGGAAGUGUCAGGAUCACGGGUAGAAAUGAACAGUGUCUUGAAACCUCCCCCUGAGGAGAGACUAAUAUGAUGGCUGACAUAAUAGUCGGCAUCACCUUAUAUAUCACCACAUAUCCAUGUGAUACGGGACCCUCAAAUUUUACCCUAGACUCACAAAGUGCAAUGUUUUCAAUUUGUAUGGACUUGAUAGAAUCAGGUGUCCCAUAUUAGUCUUGUAUUAAAGCCUGUACUAUAAUCUACACACUUAUUGGGGAGUAAGUAGUAUGAGAGGCCAAAGAUGUCAUGAAAGAUGAGGACCACAUCUGCGCAAAGUCUAUAGCUGUACACUGUAAGUUUCACAUGUUAAAUCAAUGUAAGCUACACAUAUGCUAAACCAUGAAAAUUUCUGUUCAGUAAUGUCCAGUGUAAGAAUGAUAAGCUCCUUGUUAAUAGAACCUCGGCAGGACAUCUUACACAGACAAUCGAUGUGGCAUUUGAUAACAUGAACAUUGCUGAAAUUAAAAGUCUAGAGAACAUUUUACACAGACUAUUAUUAAUGUAAACAUUGGAGGAAUUUGAGGGAUCUGUGUUAUAUAAUGAAACAUAUCACCAUGUGUAACAUAUCAUAUAGAUCAUCAUCAUCAUCAUGAAUUGUACAGAUUGUACAUAGCUGUACUCAAGGCCUAUUGUACAGAUUGUAAUUCAUUGUAUUUUAUAAUACAGAUUGUACAAAGCUGUUUUUAACUUUAUGCAUUAUGAGAAACUGUACUUUACUGUACAGAUCUGUACAUUAUUGUACAUAUCUGUACUCUAUUGUACAUUUAUUUACUCAUUGUACUCUAGAAAUGUUAAAACAGUUUAUAGAAGCAUUAUUAAAACAAUUUACAGUAAGGGAAAUGAAAUGUAAAUUUACUAAAAAAUCAUUUGUUAUAAAUCUCACAAAGAUUAAUAAUAUAACAUUAACAAUAAAAAAGUAGAGAGUGCACCAUAAAUUGUAGAAGCACUUUUCUGCAAAUAAUGUGAGAUGCUCUGAUAUCAAAACUUGAAAUGUAUCAAAAAUAGAAGUUAUUAAAGAUGUAUGGUGCUUGGCAUGAAAUCACAUAUCUGCAGGAGAGACUUGCAUCUGCAGGAAUCUCCUGCAAUAAAUAUAAAUACUGCUACAAAUUGCUCAGCUAUAUUUUCAAAUUAUAUAUAGUUCAAUAUAUUCUUCUUAAAGAUUAUAAAUUCAUUGUCAGUCAAAAUGAAAACUCUCUUGUAGAAAUGAGACAUUUACAUGUAUCAUAGACAGUGUUACCAGAGCAUAA